AUGCAGACUGAGAACAUGAUUCCUGGGAGCGGAUCUGGUUCGUGGCCACCAGCUUGUGACGGUGGCCUGAAGAUUGUGGGUCUAGUGAUCCUCCACUGUGUCGUGGCAGAUGGGAAUGCAACCAGAAGUCCUGAAAGGGAUGGCCUACUCUGUGGAGAUCCUGGGGAAAACUGCGCAGCUACCACCAUGCAAUCGAAGCGGAAAGGCCACUUCUCUCGGUGCCCCAAGCAAUACAAGCACUACUGCAUCAAAGGGAGAUGUCGCUUCGUGGUGGCCGAGCAGACGCCCUCCUGCGUCUGUGAUGAAGGCUACACUGGGGCAAGAUGUGAGCGAGUUGACUUGUUUUACCUCAGAGGAGACAGAGGGCAGAUUUUGGUGAUUUGUCUGAUAGUAGUUAUGGUGAUUUUUAUCAUCUUGGUGGUCGGUGUCUGCACAUGCUGUCACCCUCUUCGGAGGCGUCGCAAAAGAAGAAAGAAAGAAGAAGAAAUGGAAACUCUUGGUAAAGAUAUAACUCCAAUAAAUGAAGAUAUUCAAGAAACUAGUAUUGCUUAGUGGCUGGUGCAAGCUGCAAAAUGCCUUGCUCAUUCGAAAAUGGACAGAAUGUGUCUCAGGAAAACAGUCAGGAGAAAUGAAUUUUAAAUAAUGUAUUUACUUUUUGUUUGUAAUGUUAGUCU